UUCUCUUUCCGCCAUCUUGGAGCCUGUAGAGGCCUGCUGGAAACAGGACUUCUAAACCGGCAAAUAUGUCUGGAAGGUUGUGGUCCAAGGCUAUUUUUGCUGGCUAUAAACGGGGUCUCCGGAAUCAGAGGGAGCACACAGCUCUACUUAAAAUUGAAGGUGUUUAUGCCCGAGAUGAAACCGAAUUCUAUUUAGGCAAGAGAUGUGCUUAUGUGUACAAAGCAAAGAACAACACAGUGACUCCUGGCGGCAAACCUAACAAAACCAGAGUAAUCUGGGGAAAGGUAACUCGAGCCCAUGGAAACAGUGGCAUGGUUCGUGCCAAAUUUCGAAGCAACCUUCCUGCUAAGGCUAUUGGACACAGAAUCCGUGUGAUGCUGUAUCCUUCAAGGAUUUAAUAACUACUGAAAAGUAAAUAAAGUAAAAUUGUGAAUUUGU